ACGUGACCAGUUCAUCAUGGCGUCGUUGUUCCGGCCCUCCGUUUCUUUGUUACUUCCACCUUCAUUUCUCAAAGCUCCUCUAUCGCAUGUCAAAUCUACUUGCUGUCCCAUUUAAGAAAACCUAUCAAGUCGACGUCGCAGGUGCCGCGCGUACAUACCUUUCAGACAAUGGAGACACACACCCGGAUGCUGUCAAAGCCGACAUUAAACAAUGGCAGGAAAUGAGACAGAAGAUCGUGAACUUGGAAGUGCAUGCGAAUCGACUUGCGGAUCUUAUGAGUUAUCAUGCACAACUCACUUCUAUUUUGACAAAGUUUCCUGUCGAUAUGCAACUAGAAAUAUCAUAUGCACCCGUAUUCUCUCCCUCUGUGGUUCCAGUAACCAUGCGGAGUCUUAUGUUCGAGCGAGCAGCAGUAGUAUUCAACCUAGGUUCCUUAUACUCCCAACUCGCAGCUUCUGUGGACCGGUCAAAUGUAGACGGAAUCAAACGCGCCGCUGCCUUCUUUCAAAAUGCCUCCGGAGUUUUCUCAUAUCUCCAAACAUCCAUUCUUCCCCACUUCUCAAUCCCACCAGACCAAGAACACCCACCUCUGGAUCUCUCUCAGUCAUUCGUCCACGCGCUGGAAUUCCUCAAUCUAGCACAAGCACAGGAAUGUUUCUGGCAAAAAGCUAAACUUGAUAAUCUUAAAAACGGAUUGGUUUCAAAGCUUGCGGGAGCUACUAUGUACCUGUACAAAAAAUCCCUCACCAUCAUCCUUGAAGCUGAACUGCCUAUCAAGCAUAUAUAUCCUUCAGAUUGGCUAUCUCACAUCGAAGUGAAGCAACACCAUUUUGAAGCCGUCGCGCAAUUUCGUAGGAGUCGGGAGGAGUUGGAAAAAAGCAGAUACGGUUUUGAAAUCGCUUAUUUGACUCAAGCCCAAUUAGCAGCGAAGAAAGGAUACGACGUUGCCAGAAAAGGAGGAGUCUUACCUGCCAUACUCAAUGAUAUCCAGUCCUUCCUAGAAAUCAUCAAAAAAGAGUUAUUCCGCGCAGAACGUGACAACGACCUCAUAUACCACCAAGAUGUCCCCACCGGAUCCACUCUACCCGCGAUCCAACAAGCGACUGUCGCUCAAGCCGUAACACCCAAAGAACUAAGCGACCCGACCGUCCUCGUUCCUCUUAAUCAAAUGGUGUUUUCGAGCUUAAUGGGAUGGGGUACUAGGGAAGCAAUCAAUAUAUACAACGAUCGAAAGAAGAAUCUCAUCCAAGAAGAACUCGUCGGUCCAGCGCAAGAGUCGAAGAUCGCAGCUGAACGACUUCUACAAUCCCUCAACCUACCCGCAUCUCUCGAAGCGCUCGAACGACCUGUCGGACUCCCCCCGAGCUUCCUCAAAAAGGCUGAAGAAGUGCGUUUAGAAAAUGGUCCAGCCAAGAUCGAAGCAGCUAUCGAGGACCUGUACAAGCUUUCUCGACAGAAUUAUAAGCUCUUGAAUGAGGCCAUGGAUAUCCUUGACCAAGAAGCUUCCGAGGACGAAUCUACUAGGGAAAACCUACCGAUACCUUUAACCCGACCCCCUUCGCACGAAGCUAACGUGCAUUUGGUUGACAAGGAACGAAGGUACAGGACGAUUCUGGACCAGGCAGCGACUGGUGAUGAGACUAUUCGCACGAAAUGGGAUCAAUGGGAGAGGAAUAUAACAGAGUUGACUUGGGAUGAGGCUGAUUUGGAGGCAUCUAUUCCCUCUUCGACAUUAUCCACCUCAUCGUAUCCUUCCUCCUCUUCCUCCUUCUCCACAGACAAACACGCUCGAACCCUUCGUUCCCUCCUGGAGUCCCUCUCUGAACUUUACACAGACCGAGAUAAUCUUAUCAGACGCGCCUCAGCCCUCGCUGAGGCAGAUGAUAUCCAACCUCGAAUUGUUAAAGCCGCAGCGGGGUUCGAGCGCUUGGGCCUGGAGACCGCUGAAAGCACUGGGACACCUUACUCCGAGCUGGCACAGAAACACACCACACACCCAGCGAUGUUCGAAGAUAUAUCUAAUAGCGAGUUGGCGAAAUACGAUAAAUUUAUGCAGUGGAUGAGGGAUUUGGAGGGGAAGCAGGAGGAGAUACUUGGAUCUAUCAAGACCGAGAACGAGCUGUUUCUCCAAUCACGAAAAAGUUCCGAAUCCGUCAAAGCACGAGAACAGGCUCUUCAAUCUUUGGAUCUUUCGUAUUAUAAAUACAAGGAAAUCAUGCAGAAUCUCGAAGAGGGCGUUAAUUUCUACAACGACCUCAGUGCGAUCUUGUUACAAUUCAAGGACGCUUGUAAGCAGUGGUGUAAUGAGAGGAAACAUGAGAUACACAUCUUGUCUCGUUCGAUGCAAUCUUUAUCUAUGGGUGAAGAGAACGAGCAGAGCAAUGACGGUACUGAACCUUCGAGAGCUAGACCACUAGGUCGACCGACCCCUACUGUUCAAGGAGCGCAGCCGCAGGUCCAAAUGACACCGAAUCGGAAUACCAAAAAAUUCAUUACCGACCUCAAUUCGAGUGAUUGGGAAACACCGAAUUUCGGAGGGUUCCCUGGUCGGAAGGUUUGAUUGACUGGGACAACUUGGCUUUGCCCAUGUGAUGGUUUUACAUAAUGUACAUUUGCAAAUAAGUAUAGAAAGAGGUUGGUCACGGUGUAAAACAAUUUAAGUGGACAUCUGUACUACGAACGACGAACGAAGGCCGUUUGUCCUCGUUAGAUGAUAUUUUGAGGAGUACUUUUUUUUCUGAAAUGAUACGGG